UUCUGCAGCCUCGGCCCUUCUGCCGUGAAAAAGGAAGAUGAGAAGCAGCAGCAGCCCGCCGACACCGAACGGACGCUGAACCGAGUCCCUUCCAGCGGAAUGGCGGCAGAGCGGCAGCUGACGGACCGGAGGCCGAGCUCAGCUGCUUUUCUCCUGCCUUAGACGCACGGCGACCACCGCUGGAGCCUCGGAGCUCAGGAGCCUGGAGAAGCGGCGGGUGGAGCUGCAGCCUGCCGGGCCGAGCCGAGCCGUGCUGAGCAGAGCAGAGCCGACACGACCCGACCCCGUCGUCAUCUCCUGUCCUGCUAACGAUGCUUAGUAAGCCGCUGGACUAAAGCAUCGACGGCACCGCGCCCUGAAACCAGACCCGGACCCCCCCUGGCCCCCGCCUCUCUUCAGCGUACUUACAGGCUGCAGCAUGGAGCGCUCCGGAAGCAUUCAGCUGGACAUCCCUGACUUCAGUAACUCAGUUCUGUCUCACCUGAACCAGCUGCGAGUUCAGGGCCGUCUCUGCGACAUUGUGGUCAACGUUCAGGGCCAGAGCUUCCGUGCACACAAGGUGGUCCUCGCUGCCAGCUCACCGUACUUCCGGGACCACAUGUCUCUGAGCCAGAUGAGCACCGUGUCACUGACCGUGAUUCGCAACCCGUCAGUCUUCGAGCAGCUGCUGUCCUUCUGCUACACGGGCCGACUCUGCCUGCAGCUCGCAGACAUCAUCAGCUACCUGACGGCUGCCAGCUUCCUGCAGAUGCAGCACAUCAUCGACCGCUGCACUCAGAUCCUGGAGGGAAUCCAUCUAAAGAUCAGCUUGGCCGAUCUGGACGAGGAGUCCAGGGAGGAGGAGGCUGUGCGAGGAUCAAGGGGAAGUAGGACCUUGGAGGCGGUGGUACGAGGAGGGGGUCACCAUGGAGGUCUGCGGCUGCUCGGCCCACGGGGAGGAGCAGAGACAUGCGAGGCGGUCAGCCCAGCAGAAGAGCCACUGAGUCCACCACCAACAGUGGAGCACAGUGGGCUGGAGGGGCCUGGAACCACCAGCAGCAGAGUGGGCAAAGAGCCAAUCCUCCGCAUCAACCGGGCUGGUCAGUGGUAUGUGGAGACGAGCAGUGAACCAGAGCGGACCGGCAGUGCUGAGGAGGGCAGCAGCGUGGACGGAGUCCGGAUCAAGACAGAGAGAAUGGAGGAGUGGAUUGGAGCAGGAGAGCACCAGGAGGAGGUGGGGGUGGUGGAGGAGGGGGCCACCGUGAUGAUCGACACGUCAGGACGCAGCACGCUGGUGACGGGGCCGGUGGGAACGCUGGGCACUCGCAGCGUCCAACCGUCUUCUAGCUUUAGUGAGACAGACAGGUUCAGUCCCACCGGCAGUGUGGUUGUUCUUGCAGAGCGUCAAAGAGCAAAAAGCGAGUCUCCCAGCAGGGCAGAUGAAUUGCGACAACCAAGCUCACAGGGGGAGGAACACGCCGCAUUUGAUAUGGGCAGCUACGAGGACUACCUGAGAGAGCAGGUAGGAGACCGCUGGUUCCGCUACAACCCUCGUCUAACCUGCAUCUACUGCUGCAAGUCUUUCAACCAGAAAGGCAGCCUAGACCGCCACAUGCGCCUGCACAUGGGCAUCACGCCUUUCGUCUGCCGCAUCUGUGGGAAAAAGUACACCCGUAAAGACCAGCUGGAGUAUCACAUCCGCAAGCACACCGGCAACAAACCUUUCCACUGCCACGUCUGCGGCAAGAGCUUCCCCUUCCAGGCCAUCCUCAACCAGCACUUCCGCAAAAACCACCCAGGCUGCACCCCCCAGGAAGCCCACAGCGCCUCCCCUGAGACUACCACUGCCUCCGUCACAUCCAGGGGCGGUCCGAGCGACGAAGCCUCCCCCAGUCAGGAGGAGCCAGAGGGUGGGGGAGGCGGCAGUGGAAGCAGCGUUGGUGGAGGUCAGUAUGGAGAAGGUCCCCAAGCCUCGGUUUCCACUACGGGGCCAGACUGACCCUAACAGAGGGAGGAGGGUGGAGGGUUGCAAGCACGGAGGGCCGUUCUGAUCCUGUUGUAACUGAAGCCAACAGGACGCUGAACCCACUGAAGUCAAAGGACCCCUUGGAGUCGGAACUGAGAUUUUUCCGCUUUAAACCGCAUCUACCUUCACUAACCAAACCGAACAGAUUAAGCUAAAAUGAAGAAAUGCCACACACUCAAACAACCUCAUGCACCACACAAUUCAGUGGUUCUCGUUUGCCUCCGUCGAGUUUAUGUUACAGAUUUCUACUUUUAUAUUUACAGGUUCACAAUGCAGCAUCAUAACAGUCUGUCUGUAGACUUUGCCAAACUACUCAGUGCCAGUUUAUCAGUUCAAAUCCUUCGUAUUUGCCUUGAGACAAUCUGGAGCAGUCGGGUUAUUAAUAAUCUUAUGCGCUCUUUAAGUGCCACAAUGCCGUAAAUAGAUUUAGUUGCACCAAAAAGUUCAGUGAAAAAACUAGAACUGUUGAAGUUCAGUUCCAGUGUGAUUGGAGUUCCUAAUUUUUUCCUGUUUUCUGGCUUUGUCACACUACGCUGUGUCACACUAAAUACCUCAUUGUUCAGCGUCAUCCACAAAACUGCAUUCACACACAGUCUCCUUCAUUUCACAAAUAUGAUCAUUAAUCCUAAUUCCAGGUGUUUUUAUCCUUCAACAGGAUAGCCUUUUAAACAUUUCUAGUGUUUCCUCUAGGAAAGAGGAGUUGAUCUUGACUGGCAGGCUCUACGGGAGCCGUGGCGGCCUAAACAAAUGACACUUGGCUGCAGAUUUUACUUUUACAACUUAUUUAUUGAAUGGCCAGUUGAAAAUAGCUUUUUAAAUGCUCAAUGUAAAAACUAAAGUAUUUUAACAAGCUCAUCUGAAAAUGCAGUCAGCAGUUACAUCAUGGCGUGUAAAUAUUAGCUUAAUGCUAUCAUUUAGUUUACUCAUGUUAGCGACACUGAGUUGGCACCAGGCCCAACUAACUGUAGCUACUGAUAUGUUCUGUAAAGUUAGCUGGCCAUUAAUAUUUUGCGAAUGUCUGUUUUAACUUGUAAAAUCUAUUAUCAGUUAUCUUAAGCGAGUAACUUUUCGCCGGUAAGUCGCUGCCCUAUUUUCCAAGACAACACUCCUCUGACUCUCUGACCUGGUGCCCAGGUGCUUGACGUGACGUCACUUUCCAGGCUACGCUCUCGCGAAUAAUUAAUGUUGUAUUAACUCGACGUCUUAAAGAGUAGAUACCGAGCAAGAUAAUUAUCUGCAGUUUACCUUAUUACUCACGAGUACCCGACACAGUGCAGGACUCUGCUGUGAAGGUGGAGACAUGCGGCGGUGGUGUAUUUGCGACAAUAAAAAGAAAAGAAAUUUGAAAGAGCGGCAGCAAGGAUUUAAGAAUGGCGAAGAAGAACUCCUAAAUGAAUAUAGAGGAAACACUACAUUUCAAUAGCAAUGCGUUAUGGAAGAUGAGGGGAAAAUCAUUAGUUUAUUUGAUUAGCAACAAAUUCCCUCCGAGUUGUAGUUUUUCUUCUUUAAAAUUCCCUUAAAUGAUUGAAUAUUACAGCAGUUGUCAAGUCGUUUUCAGUGGCUUGGCUUGAUAGAGUAAUGCUUAACUUUAUUCUACUGCUGACAGUGGACUAAUAUGCUUAUAUCUUAACUGUGCUUUCACGUGCAGAAAAGGUCAAAUCAUUCAUCAAACUGUUGAAUGUUUAAAUCUCAAAAUGGAUCUAUAUAUAUAUAUAUAUAUAUAGUGUCACAUAAUAAAUGACAGCAAAAAGUCAAAAAUGCAUUUCAAUAAAUGUAAAUAUGCAAACAUAAAAGGCUGAGUUCCUCCUGGUCACCAGGAGAGAAGAGCUUUAAACUUGCUUACAGUCUGAGGCCCCAUCCACACAAAGGCAAAACGCUUAACACUUUCAAAAACAAUCGCCAUAAAGAAGAAGGCGUCUCAGAAAAUGUGUGCGUCUACAUGAAUGCACUCGAUACGCAUGGAAACGCUGUAAACACAUGCCAGACCUCUAGGGGCGCUGUAACAAUAUGAUGGAAACGCGCAAACAAGAAAAAACAGUGGGUCCUUUUCUGGGGUGUAUCCAUAAAGUUCUGUAAUGUGUCCUUGAUAAUUGUUUGUUCAACUCGGUGGUGAUUUAGAAGAAGGAGAUUUUGCUGCAACAGGGAUAGUAGGGUCACUAGCUUCAUCAGCACAUUUGCUACACUGUACGCCGCCAUUGUUGUUGUUGUUAUCCACGUGUGGCGCAUGCGUUUUAAUGAAGUUAUGAAACUGCGCAUGCGGGUCAAUGAAGAUACAAAACUAUGACGCAAGCGUAUCUGAAAAGUAGCGGAUAGCCAGUAAACACGGAGCUGCGUAUACGGCAUUUCAAAAUCUUUCCACUCUGGAACCUGGUUUCAAAAACAAUCGUUUACAGACCCCCAAAACGCCGUCUUCGUGUGGAUGAUACGCAGAUUCGGCAAGAAACUUAUGCGUGUAGAACUCGGUUUGUCUUCGUGUGGAUGGUUCCUGAAGCUGCUCAAAUGGUCUGGCUGUGGUUCAUCUCUGAACUCAACAGUCUAAACAUUAUUUCAAAUAUUACAUAUAAAAUACUCCAGUGGCUUUAAUAGGUGAAUUGUUCAGAUCUAAUAAUGAACAAAGCUGGGCUUCCAUACAAAUGCAGGGCAAAUUUUUUACCAUAUUUUGAAAAACAGAUUCAACAAUAAAGAGCAAAUUCAGGACUGUUUGUAUCCACCACAAUCUUAAUAGAAUUCUCAGUUUAAUUGUUUAGUCACCAAGUCUGUCUCCAUUUGUCGUUUUCAAAUGCAGUUCUCAUCAUGUUUGUCUGGUUUUUGCUGUUUUUGGUCAGGGUUUUCUACGGAAACGCAAAUAUAGAAGAAAGCUAAAAAUCACAAAUAGAAAAAAUGCAUCAGUAGGAAGAAUGUCACAGAGGGCUAAAAUGUUCAGUCAGUAGAAGAAAAAUGAACGGCAUACAUUGUAAUUCUUUAAACAAAAUAGCUAAAAAGAAAGCCUAAUACUUGUGUGUAUUUGCUGCUUUCACUUCUUGUACAUCAGUGUGAACUAAAUAUUUGGAUGUGGGUGAAGCGAUCUCGUACUUUUGGCCAAUAUCACAUUAAGCUCAGAUAAUUCAUAGUUUACAUGUCAAAACUUAAUUAUGUUCAAUCAAAACAUGAUCUUUGAAUCACACAAUAAUGAAACUAGUUUGUAGUCAGUCAUAUUUGCAGCAAACUACUUUCAGAAGGUGUUGAGUUUGUUUCUGAGUAAAUAUUCAAAAUGAUAGCUGUUACCACAGUUUUUGACCGCGUUCUGAGGACUUCUCAAGUGAAUACAACCUUCCUCCUGACUAGUGCAGGACUUUAGUUGCAUGAAAUCAGAUGACCUUUGUAAGGGACUUUAAAUCACAUCCAUGUCCAGCUCCCACAUCAGUGUGGACAGCCUCACCAACCCAUCACUGCCCUGGAUCAAGGACAUGGGAUGCAUGUCAAAGCUCUGGGAAUCAGCACAUUUGAUACUGAAGCUAGAGAGUGAAUUUCCAUUCUCACUGUAUUAUACUUCAUGCAGGACAAACGGAGAGAAAAGUGAGGAACUCCAAUCACACUGGGCUGACUAAUUUGGCUGUAGAAUAACCAUAAAGUAUUGUGGCAUUUGAACUCAGUUUCUAAGGAUUUCAUAGAUUCGACCAGACUGUCUGGCAGCCUGUAGGCCAAACAAACUCACAGCAGGAAAACUGGACGUUGUCCAGCCUCAGAUAAGCUACACAGCUCAGUUACCUCUCAUCACUACGCAAUACAGCUGCAGCACAGCACCACCUGGGUGCCCGGAUCCACCCACACAGAUCUCUGUCAGUCUACUCAGAUGUUUUUAUAAACUGGCAUGUCUUUAUUGUUUUCUUUGUUAGUUUUUCUCAGACACUUUCUUGCUCUGACAAUGUGUGACAGAAGACAGAAGGUUAUUGUUCGAGGAGGUCUGCACAGUGUCAUGACCCAGUCAGCACCAUCUGUCACAGUGAAUGAUGCACUAAAUCUGCUGCUUUAACUCGGUCUCACUUUUAGAGAGUCUAACUAGUUUCCUGUCAUGAAAACAGAAAAUGAACAUGUAGAAGUCUUGCUACUACUUGUUCACUCCACAGACAGUUAGCCAGGGUUGAUUCAUUAAUGUUUCCUAUCAAUCCUAAAUUGGUAUUCAGGAAACACAGAAAAUCAUCAUUAGGUUGUAUUCUGAUUUAUUUUUUCCGAGUAUAAAUUGUGCUUUUACUGACUCGCACUUGAUGUCCUUUGCAAAUGGAAGUGAAGACAAAAAGAACACUUCUGCACUUCAAGACUAGUGUGUAAAAUGUUUCUUAGUGAAUAGUUAAUUAGCCCCUCCAACCAGAAGUUAGAACCUUUAGCAUAUGAGAAAGAAUGUGUGGAAAAAAAAAAACAACCCUCUUGAUCACACGGUCUACUCCCUAUAUAUCUGACUGAACAGUGAGCAGGAAAAGGAGAUUUUGGACAGUCAAAAUCCUGAACAGUAGUUCACUGUGGACACACUUACACACAGAAUUUCCAUUAAACUGGUGAGCAGUAGACAGUGUAGUAUGUAGUACAUACAGAGUGAUUUUGGACAUGGCUGAGUAUACACACAGAAUAUAUGUUGAGCCAACGGUGGCCUACUGCUGGUGGACUGAGUGCUGUAGAGGCAGUGCAUCAUUGACUACAGAUGGUUCUGAUCGGAGUUGACAUUGGUCAGAUAGCGACAGGACAAGGAGCCAGACUCUGUCAGACCAGAUGGAUGUAGUGGCCAGGCCAUGGAGCUGGAUUAAAAAACAUUUCCAGAGGUCAAAGUUCACCUACAGGAGGGCGGGAGGAUGAUGGAUUACCUGGCAACCAAAGGAAAGGCGGCGGCUACGUUGGCCCUCCCAAACGCCAAAACAACUUCAGCACUUAUCGGCAAGAGAGAGACGGGGUUGAAAACUUUUUUAUAAAAACAGAACAAUGACAGAUCUACACAUAUUAUCAGACAAACAUAUUUAAACUACUAAGAUGUUUUUUCAUAUGACUUAUGUAAACAAGCUAAGAGUUGAAUUCAGAUGGAGGGUCGGUAGGCAGGUAGCACAUGGAUCGGCUGUUACUGUUUUUCUACAGAGCUGUGAAUCGGAUUCUCAGUGGAUGGUAAAUUUUUUUAUGCAAAUCAAGCCAGCGGCUCUGUCCUCACUCCGAGUGGCUUGAACUUUUCCUCACAGAUCCCACUGCAGCCGCUGCCACGCUCACACUUCAGGCUAAACCAGGAUCUAUCAGGUAUACAGACUCUUUUCUUUUAUUCAGUGAAUCGGACGUUUACCUUUCCCAACGUAGCAGAACGGUAACGGCUAAACCUCAGAGCGAUCUGCAUGCUGCAGAAAUACUACUCGCCUGUACACAAACACAAGCAGCAGGUAAGAAAUCCUUGUGAGUCACUGCACAGGAUGAUAGAACACACAAACCAGGGCUGGGCAAUAUGGAUCAAAACUCACUAAUCAUGACAACCACAAGACCUCUUUUCAGCUCUCUGCAGCCACAGAAUAUAUAGGUAUCCAUUGAACUCCUGUCACAGUUUUGGUCAGUUUAUGACUACUGUGGUGAUCUUAACAUGUAAUCUGUAUUUAUUUUCAGAAAUCACGGCACCUUGUGUGUUAUUACACACAUCUCACAGAGUGGUUUCAUGUUUCACUUGAAGUUGACUGGUUAAAGUUUAGUGUGUUGAAUAGAAAAAGGACUUUCAGCUGACAUUUGACCAGAAAUUCCAACUUGCAAGGAAUCGAAAAGUCUGAGUGACUUUUGCAGGAAAUUUUUCAUGAGGUCUGAAUGGUUAUUAGGGUUCUAAAUAAUAAACUGUCUUUAGAUGUUGGUAUUUAUAAUUCAGGCAAAAAAGAUCCAUAACUGUAAAUUAAUAUAACCAUAAUAUGAAACAAAAACUAUCUCAUGACUCGGGCUAGAAUACAAACUGAGGAACGACUUUGCCCACAAAAAUGAUAAAUUGAAGCUGUUUUCUGCACAAGUUACUUUUAGCUCCUCUAUGCAUUAUUUUUUGUUCGAGUGUCAAGUGGGCAACUUUUAAAAAGGAGAGGAGGUGAGCCUGUUUAGUCAUAAACUUUCUUAAAGUCCUUCUCCGGUUGUCAAUUUAUCCCCUGAAAGCCCAUAUCUGUGUAUCAGAGUUAAGAGGGAAAAAUAAUCCCUUCCUCCUUUCAAAUGACAUAGAUGGAACUUGAGAUUGUUACUUCCUCUAGAAUAUGCAGAUCUAUGACAUCCCUACCUCCCUCUCUCUCCAUGCAUCCAUCCCUCCUUACUGCAACUCCAGCACACCACUCAGACAUCCUUGUUUGACCUUGAAACCAACUCUGCAGUUUCGUCCUGCAAGUUAACAGGAUUGGUUCCUACGAUUUCUCACAAAUAAAGCCCAAGGAGUCUGAAUCUGUGUUUUUGACACUGUCAUCACUGCAGUCUCAAGGUGAAAAUACUCUGACUGCUUACUUAAAAACUUGAUUUUCACCGGAGGAGGUCUUUAAAGAAACCUGUUAAUUGUGGCUCAAUCUGUGUUUUGUAUUUUAAAUGCAUGAAGAAACAUUCUACUCCAUGGAUCAAUCAUAGAAAACCCUUUCUGACAAUCUAAAAAACUAAAAGUUGGCCAUGUUGCCCAGCUCCAACAUGAACACAAACUGUUUGUUCUGCGGAACCUCCUGGAACAAACAGAUACAGUUAACUCUCAUCAUUUUUAUUUCUUGGUAUUAAGUAUGUUUUGAAGUAAAGACAUGUUGCAGUUUCAAAGAUGCCCUUGGCCUUUUCUGUGUUCCAUAUUGUACUGAGUUUUGUUGGCUUUCUGCUCUCUGCACUGAGGUGGUCUGAAGUACUGAGGACUUGGCCUCAGAGAGCAGUACAUCAUUUUAAGCCAGUUAAAGUCCAGAGCAAGCUGCUUUCGGACAGCAGGUCCAGUCUGGUUCAGUCUAGUCCUGCUAGCGCAAUCUAAAGAAGGAAAAGUUGCAUCAGUUGUGUUCAUGAACCACUGUGUUUUAAACCUGAUCACAACUUGAAUUUUUCUUGAGAACUCACACAUUAGCAGGUUUUAUCAAUGUCAGCAUUUAAUCAGAAUUUUCUCCUAAAAUGAGAGUUUUUGUGUAUUCAGAUAUGUAUGUUGUCAAGUUGUUUCAGAGAAUGAAUCAGACCUCACCUGUUUUUCUGUCCAAACGGCCGCUGUUUAUUUCUUCAAAGUAUUAUUCUGCUCCACAGUCGCAUCUGUUCAGAUAAAUGAAGACUUCUUGAUUGGUGCAACAUUAUCCAAGUUAUCCACAAGAGGAGAACAGGUUUCCUAAACAACUAAUGAAACAUUCUGAUGACCGUUUUCCCAUUUGAAACCAGUGUUCACGGCAACAUCCAAGUUACAUUUCUGACUUUCACUGAGUUCUGAUUUAGAGUUUAAAAGUAUGGAGCAAAAAUUGUCAAUUCAUAUUAGCCAAAGUCUGUUGUUGAAGGCAAUUAAACAUUAAAAUAAAAUCGAAAUAGUGCAGGUAUUUUUAAGCCUCACAUGUCUAGCUCUAGCUGGUACUCAGAUUACUCAGAUGUAAUCAUGCAGUUUGAGGCUUUUUAAAGUAGACUAUCAUUUGUAUCUUUCAGUUUGCCUGAUGACGGGAACACUGACAAAUUGGAAACGUGCAUCUGGUCCAUUCCAGUUAGUGUUGUAAUUACUGUUUUCUAGAUUCAUCAUCACACCUGCAGAUAUGUGAGUCCAGUAUCGUUCUGUUCCCCAUCCGAACAGUAACGAGUUCAUAAAGGCAGCGACUGUGAAAGGUUCAGUAACUCGCAGCUCAAAAUACGAUCUUUUCUCCUCAGUGAUUCCUCAUUUCAGUUCACUUCCAUUUUCAUCUUCAAACUGUGAAAACAAGCUGAACCUCAUCAUCAUCGUCUUCAUGCUCUGGUCUUUGAGUCAGUUAAGGCUCUACGUUUUCUCAAAGAACCAAUUUUGCUUAACAACAAAAUGCUAAGCUCUGGUUUCAUGUUUCUUCGGCUUCAGUCUGAAACUUUUGGCUUUUUUUUUUGUUUGUUUGCUUUUUAUUGUGUGAAUCCAAUGUUUUGCAUAAGAAUAUCCAGUAACCUUGACCACAACAUGCCUAAUUAUAAAUCAAAUCAUUUAGAUAUAUUCACUUAAUGAGAUUACUCUUUACUGUUGAUUCCUCAAAGUAUAUCUUAAUAUAUCGAAGAAGAAAAUGAGUCAAAGGAAAAAAAUGGAGUUUAGUAAAUUAACUUUAUUAUUGUACAUUUUUUUAACGAGGAGGUACUUAACAAGUUCUGUCGUAGACAAACCUAAAAGGUUUUAUGUUAAGAUCUUUUAUGUUGCAUGUCUCUGUUGCUAAAACCUGUUGGUGGAGGGGGUGGGUGGGGUGAGGCCAAAGGUCCAUUAGUUUAGAAAAUGUGAAGAAGCUCCUUUCACUAUGACCACUAGAUCACUCACAGGUCACAUCUCCUUCAAAGGAAAUAAAGCACUUUAAGUGUCAA